AUGGUCUUAAUACAUGCAAAAUCAGUAGAAGAUAAUCAUCAAUUUUUAUAUGAGACAAAUGUAAAUGUUUUGGUUAAAAAUUUAAAGGAAGAUUUAGUAAAUAUACACAAUAUGAGAUGCAAAAUUUUGAAACUUGUAGAUGCAUCGUUAGAAUUAGCAAAUCACGGCCCUAUGAGGCCAGAAGAAUUAAGAGGACUAUCAGAAGAUGAAUUAAAAGUAUCUAAAUUAAAUAUUUAUGAUUGGAAUGAAGCAACUAAUCCUGACAAAUACAAUUUUAGAACUGGGAUACCACCACCAAGUGAUAGUGCAAUAAAAUUGAAGGCUAUAAUUGAUAAUAUAAAAAAGGAAUUAUCUAUUGAAAAAAUUCAACAAAAUGUACUAGUAAAUAUGGAUAAAUUACACGAAUAUUUAAAUUUAAUAAUAGAAGCCUUGAACAUUUGUUAUCCUUCAAUGGAAAAACUACCUACUUAUGAUCCAACAAGAAUAUUAAUAGAAAAAGAAAACUUUUUUAAUGAUGAAUUUAUAAUCAAUGAAACUUCUUUAUGGUGGGCAGGAAAGGAAUUAUCAGAAGAAUUAUAUUUAAAAAAUAUAAUAGGGAAAAAUGAAAAAACAAAAAUUAUAGUAAAAAUACAACCAAAAAAAUUAGGACCACCUGUUAGAGAAAUGAGAAUUGAUAGUGAAACUUAUAAAGCCAUGUUAGCUUAUUACCAUAAAAAGCAAAAGGAAGAAAAGGAAUUCGAAGAAGAUGAUGACGAUUCUUAUUUAAAUUCUGAAUGGGCAAAUCCAUUAAGUUUACAAAAACAGCUACAUGGAAAUUUGAAUAAUAUUAAAUGGAAACCUUAG